CAUCAAGAAACAACAAGCAAAUACACAGGAUGUGGAACAACAGCUGCUGCUUUAUUUCUUCUCUGGUGAGGAAUACUGGUUGGUUUUUCUACUUGAUAAUUUUAGAGUUCAAAUAAACACCAGUAAGUUGAUAUUGGAAAUUUCUAACAAGAAAGCUUUAAUUUUCCUCCGCUGUCUGUAGAGAAACGUGUGCAUUCAUGCUGGUGCUGUUUAUGCAGGGGAGAUCAAGCCAUGGCUGGUUUGCUCUUAACACAAACACUUGGCCACGGAGCCUCCGUUGCCAGUCGGUGCCCACCCCGUGCACUCCAGUGCACUGCCCUAAAUAAGGUGUUUUAUUUCUCCUCUCAGCCUAAAGUCCACAUGGAAACCGUGGAAGUUUCUCUUUUUAGACUUAGUUUCCUUUUUUGAUACUUGUUUUUGUGUGGAAAAUCCCAGUAAAGGUAAUGGUAAAUGUCCUGCCAUUCACCUGACCAUGGAAAACAAGUAUGCUGAGGCCUAACUUACACAGUAGGCUUGCAUGAUGUUCAGCUGAUGUCUGAGAGAACAGUUGAUGUUUAGGCUGAUAACCUGACUUUGUUUUAAUAUCUUCUCUUUUUAGCAUAUAAGGUGUGUGGUUCAUAAUUGCUUUCUGGUUUUUUAGUGGUGUGAUCUAAUUUCUGCAAGCUAAUUUUGGACUGCUCUACACCCUGUUACAAGUACACUAAAGUGUGUUAGCUUUGAGCUCGGCAGGAAAGGAACAGCUUCUCGAUUGCUAAAUGAAAAUGCAGAAAUGCAAGCAGGGAAAAUGUGCAAUCAUUUGUCAAACUUUGAGGACCUCACUUGGCUCCUGGGAUUUUGUAGAUAAUGGACCAGUGGGAAAGAUAACACUGUUCAUAAUACUGAAAUACUCUGGUUUCUGUGUUUCUAUGAAGGUAAGGUGGUGGCAUGUGCACAUUGUGCUCUCAGGUGACUGCAUUGCCACCUUCUGUGACAAAUAGGGCCCUUUUCUGUAGCAAGAAUCAUUUGGAUCAGUAGGGAUGGGGAAAACAGGGGCUCCAAAAAGCAAAGCAAUUGCUGCAAAAAAAAUCUGACUCUGAAAUUUAAGACUUCAAUACUUGUCAUAUUUUCAGAGCAUAAAGAACUGACAUUGGAGGUGUUUAUGUAUUCAUUUCAUGAUGGGAAACCAUGAAGUAUUCAUCAUCAUAUCAGCUCCAAAAUACUAAUGAAACAACUUCUGUGACAAUCAGCUGGAGUGUUCCCCUUUUUAUACACCUCAUCCAUUCACAAUUCUUUGUUGCUGCAAAUGUGAUUUGAAGCAAACCUGGGUUUUCUGUGCUGUGAACUGUCCUGAGCCCCUGAGGCAGGCAGGGACAGAGUGGCAGAGGCUGGCAGGAGGAGGUGGUGCCUGAGGAGCUGGAUCUGAGGAGGAUGCUGGCGUUGCCUGCCAAGGGCGACUCUCCUGGAACGCUCGGAGCCUUUGACAGCAGUUCUGAGACCACCCAUGGCUCCCAGGCCAGCUCUGUAAGUAUUCCACCCAGGAACAAGGAUGCCAUGGAGCUGCUCUGGCUCUGUGUCAGAGCAUUUUAGCCUCAGAAGAUUGAGGCCCUUGUUGUUUGCUCUCCCCACCCUGCAAUGCCCUCCACCCUGCACAGUGAGGGAGAGCACAGCCCUCAAAUGGGCUGCUGGCUUUUGGGCUGAGCUGCCCCAAUGGCUCCUGUGUUAUUUCCUGUGCCUCGGGAUGGCCAGCCCCAGGCAAGGCAUUCCAGGAGCAUCCUCCUGGCCUCUGGGAAGGGCUCAGCAACAACUGCUCGUGUGUGCACUGACCUGGCAGGGUCCUGAUGGCUCUGCUUGGCUGCCUAUGGGGUUUUAGGCACAAGUUUGGGAGGGUGGAGCUGCCUUUGGGAGGAGGUGUGCUCCUGCAGCCAGAGAGAGCGAGGCUCUGCUGGGCUUUGCACUCUCUGCACAGCUGCUCUUGUGAAGGACUUUUUUUCUGUUUUUGUUUUUUUACCUGACUGAACAGAAUUUUUAUUAUACCAGUGUAAUUUCUGAGUUGUUUGUGCUUUGAAGAGUUUUAAGGAUUCCUGCUGAUGCUUUUCCUGAGGGAAGCCAUGCCCUACCACAGAGUCCUUCGCCUGGUCCUGCUAACGCUGUGCAGCAUCCUGGUCCCUGCUGUGCUGGCAGAGUACCCGCAGGACGCGGUCCCCACCCUCUGGAACGAGCCGCCCGAGCUGCCCUCUGGAGCCGGUCCCUUCGACGCUGCCACUGCCACCGCCCGGCUGUCGGAUGCCACUGCCUUCCCCCCGUACACCUCCGAGCUGGAGCCCGAGGACAGCACCCACCUGCACCGGCUGGACACCGGGGACGGCUCACUGGGGCCCGGGGCUAUUGGUGCCAUUGUCAUCGCCUCCCUCCUGGGUACAUCUGUGCUUGUGGCCUUGGUCGUCAUCACACUGAGAAAGUUCUCGGCCUCCUGAACUCAAUAAAACAUUUUUAUGUUACACAACCGGCCUGUCUGCAGCCCUUGGCUGCUCCUGAACUGUCUGCCUGGGGCCCUGGGAGAAAUGGUGCCAAGGAUAAAGCACUGCAGGCCCUGUGCUGGGCAGCCAUGCAUCGAGUGCUCAUUGCCCUUGGUGUGUGUGUUAUCUCCUGGGUGGCACAGAUCUGGCAGGGCCUGUCAACCCCACUCAGGAGGCACCUGUGGCAGAGUGUGGCUUUGAGCAGGGAGCGCAAAAGAAUCUGUCUAGUCUGGGUGAUGGUGACAAUGUUGGGCAUCACCCUGCACAGCUUUCCUAGGAAAGGGUUGUUCAUGGGUGUAAGCCACCCCAAGUUCAUGUGCAACCCCGUUCUGACCCACUGCAUUUGGGCCAGUUACACCAGAGGGGACAGGGGAGGAGACAAGUGAUCAGCCUGGGGGAGGAAAGAGACACACAAGUGUUUUGGCACUGGCUUGCUCAGCUACAUUUUAUCACACGGAAAAACCAGACAACAAGAAGUUCCCCUCAGUUCGCUGAGGCAGCCUGGCAAGGGCUGGGGGGCUCCAGCCUGUGCUUGUGGGCCCCAGGCCUGGCCUGUACAACACUGGAGAUCACUGAGAUGGAGGCGUGCAGGGCUGGGUCUGAGGAAAUAACACUGGAUGCCAUUCAGUGGAAAUGGCACAGCCUGUGCCUGGGGUCCGGAGUCCUGUGGAAUCGCAGCAGAGCAGGAGGGGCUGGAGCAAUCCCAGGGCUUGGUGGUGAGUGAUGGAUGGCACAGCAGCACUGAGCCCCUCUCCCUGGAGCAGUGCAGUGAGGAGCUGGCAUCCUGGCUAUGGCCAGCUGGUGAAACAUCCAAUUGGCAAGGGAGCAUUUCUGUGCUGUGAGUAACAUGCCAGGUAGGCACAUGGGGCUGCAGGCCUGCGGCUGGGCUGCCUGGGCCACAAAGCUGGAUGCUGUGGGAUGUGGUGAUUUCUCAGGUAAUUUUAAGGAAUUCCUAGAGCUGGAGCUCCUCUGGGGUUUGCACUAUGAAUUUGUGGCUGUUGCAAGGUUUGAAUCCUGAGCUGGAGGUUUGGUUGACUCAGAAAGAUGACUGUGGGGUGCUGCUGGAGGGACCUGCCUUGGGGUGUCCCCAUUAAAUCGGUUCAAUGCAGCAGACUGGAGGCUGCAAGUCUUCCAGCCCCUUCUGAGGCUGGGCAGUGACUGGGAACCAUGGGCUGGUGUGAACUUCCCACAGGUGGCCGAGGCAGCACAGCCCUGCUGGCUGUUGUCACAUGCUAAUGUGGUGCCACCGAUCUGGGCCUGAGUGAAGAAUGCCUUCUUUCCCCUUCGCUGCUGUGGCUCCCACCACUUUGGUCCUGGGCUGGCUCUGGGCUGGGCUGGCCCAAGGCUGUGGUGUCAGUAGGGACAGCCCUGGAAUCCACCUCAGCUGUGUUCAGCCUCAAACUGCACACACCAUCUUGUCCAAAAAGCAGUUCUGUGCCUCCCUCCACAGCUUCCAAGCAUCCUGCUUUCUCCCCACGUUCCUGCUGGCCUGGCUGUGCUCCUCCUGUCCAUGCCCAUGGCCCCUGUGUGGCUCUGCUGGCAGCUGCUCUCUGUCCCCUCUCUGAGCACAACCGUGGCACAGCCAGAGAAUAAAUCAGCACAGGCUACAAUGCCUGGAAGACAAUCCUUUGUCAUGCUACAGAAAGGUGCCAAAUAAUUCAUUCCCUAAUGGAUGCUGGCCACAACUUGGGCCCAGCUUGUUGCUGAGAGGCUCUCAGCCACAUGAGGAACUGUUGAACAAGCAGUGGCUGCUGUGGGUCUGUCCCCCACGCUGCUCUCAGUGCUGUGCCCAGGGCUUCAUGCAUUGCUCAGUGCCACAGCUGGAAGGAGUGAUGAGCUGGCUCUGCUGGCCACAAGACUUGCAUAUAUACAUGGAGGUGAGCCUGUACAGGGAGGCUGUGGGGUGGGUUACAAGCAUGCAGGCAGCAGUUGCUGGGCCUCCCAGAGCAUGUAGGACAGCAGCUCCCAGCUAAGGUCACUCACCUGCUGUGGGGCUGCUGGUGUUUCUGUGGUGUGUGAGAUGCUGCUGGCACAGCCACCCCUGCUGUGGCCUCAGCAGCAGGGUGUAGCAAAGACCACAAGUGCACGAUCAACCAGGAAAGGACAUGAUGCUGGGGUUCUGCAGUGGCCCUGCAGAAGGAGGGAGGCUGUGGUA